GCGUCAGACGAGCUGGCGGUGACGACUGCGACGCCCGCUGAGGCGGCGGCGGCGGAGGCGGCGGCGGAGGCGGCGGCGGAGGCUGAGGUGCCGCCGCCGGCCGAGGAGCCGGCGGCGGAGACGGAGGGCCCGGCGGAGGAGGAAACGGCUGCGGUGGCGCUCCCGGCAGGCGAGCCGGCGGCCGAGGAGGAGGCGGCGGACGAGGAGGUGGUGGCGGCGGGGCAGCCGGCAGGCACGGCGCCCGAGGUGCGCAAGUUGCCCAGCACGACUCUCUCAGUCACGCUGAAGGGCGACAAGGCGCAGCCGGCGAUGACCGCGGACCUCUCCAGAAGGCGGGGCGUGAAGGUCAAGACCUACUCACGCACCAUCGCGCUGACCAUCACAGCCGGCACGACCACCACGCUGCGCGAGCUCGCGACUCAGGGCGCUCUCAAGAUUCUGGGCCCACGCGCGGCCGAGGUCGCGUUGCGGCAGGAGGGUGUGCUCCACGCCGAGGACGCACUCGACGAGCCGGUCAAGCUCGACACGUCGGUCGUCUUCUCGCCACCCUCGACGCCCUCGACUGACCUCGUCCUCAUCGUCUACCUCGAUGCCGAGAUCUUCCGCGACGCGUUUGUCGGCAAGGUCAAAGCCGACAAGGAGAGCUUCGAG